AUGGAGAUGAUGCUGGUUCGGAGGCUACAGAAGUCGGCAAACAGGGACGAGACAAAAGAGCUCAUCGAGACUCUUGAUUCCAUUGUGCCUCUGUUCACUAAAACCAGGAGGCACCGCUCCUGCCUCAAAUCGGGGCGAAGCCUCACUCAGCUUUUGCUCGACAUACAGCAAAGAGUCGGUGAUCUGCUGAAAGUGCCAGAGAGUCCCAAGGACAACUCCAUGCCAGACCAGACGAUCAGGUUGGGGAUGUUAGAUACGAGACAACCAAUCUUGAUACUGGACAGAACAACACUCAAUGUGCUUUCCCUCAGCUGCGGGGCGAGAGAAUGUUUCAAAGGGCUUCCGUUUGACGGUCCCACAGGUCAAAACAUUCUGCAUUUCAUCUCGAGCGAGGAUCGGAACAAAAUUCUCGCGCGUCUGAGAAAUACAUCAAGGUCGGGCGAGUCGUUAACUGAACGGUUAAAUUUCAGAAUCACCAGCUUCAGGACCAUGAUGCGAGGGGAAAUCAUGUGUGAGUUGGUAAGCACUCACCAGACAUCAGAGGGGCACAUCUUCUUCUUCUUCACAACUUCUGCCGACCAGACUUGCAAGAGAAGAAGCCUACAUGCGUUGCUGGAAUCGUUUUCAGGCACGUUCGGGUUUGACAACAUCUCCUCGACCGAGCUACCGUGGGAUCGCAGGCAUUCCAAAACCCAGAGCGAGAUCUCUUACAUGUUUUCUGGCUGGAAGCGACUCUUUGAUGACGAACAGAUGGACCAGGUAAUCUCAGAAGCCUGUCAAGGCUGCGGAAUCCAAAAGAACAUGCUCAAGGCCAGGGAGCUUCAAGUGCGCUGCAACUUCGUUAAUGCCAACAAGAACGGAACCCCUCGGUGUGACCUUUCUUAUCGAUGGAAACUUUCUGCCCUGCUGGGAACCUACGACAGCGGUUGGAAGGAAGAUCAAGAAGUCGAUCUCAAUGGCAAGCCCAAGUCAGUUGGAAAUGGGAAAUUCAUCUCGUUCUGUGUUAACGACGAUUCUGACGAGGAUCGGCUUCAUAUCACAGAGUAUCAACUGCAAAUGAAGGACGAGAAUUUGGUCAUCGAACAAAGCAGCUCCAUCUAUGUCACCAACGAAGCCCUGUGCGUCUUGAACAUGCAGCGCAACGACGUGAUGAGGAACAGAGACGACGAUGAGACCCGCUUGCUGGCCUUCCGGAUGAGCUUCUCGCAGUCAAGGACGCCAGGCUCGCAGAUCACGGGGUUGGGGGAGCAAGCGAUGGAGCGACAGAGCUCGAAAAGGGAAUGCGUGAAUAGAUGA